AUGUCUUCACUUCACCUUCUCAUCUCCCUCCUCAUAUCUCUCCCUCUCCUCUCCACCUCCACUCCCUCAGUCUACGAAGUCCUCCAACAAUACAACUUCCCUGUAGGCCUGCUCCCCGUCGGCAUAACACGAUACGAACUCGACACGAACACGGGCAAGUUCCAAGUCUAUUUGGACGAUUCGUGCCAGUUUGACGUGGAAGGCUACACGCUCAAGUACAAGUCGACUAUAUCCGGGACGAUCUCGACGAACAAGCUCAAGGAUUUGAGCGGGAUAAGUGUGAAGGUGCUGCUGUUUUGGUUGAAUAUCGGUGAAGUUAGUAGAGACGGGGAUGAAUUGGAGUUUUCGGUAGGGAUUGUUUCGGCGGAUUUUGAUGUUGAGAAUUUCGAGGAGAGUCCGCAGUGUGGGUGUGGGUUUGAUUGUAACGGCGGCGUUGGAAUGGGGAAGAGAGAUAGAUCGUGGUAUUUGAAUCGGUUUCUUUAUCCUUCGUUAGAUUAG